UAUUACUGGCAUCCCUAUUUCCACCUGUUUUCACUUUUGAACUUUGUUCCUUGACAUUCCAUUGAUUUAGACGGAAUAAUAGAAAAUGGCAUCGACUGGACUUUUAGUAGUGUCCCAUGUAAAACGGUUUGCUCAAUCUUUGAAAGCUCUCCAAAAAUACGAGUAUGUAAAUUCCCUAUAUAUACAUCUCAACGUGCCCCCUACAAAUGUUCCCGUGCCAUCAUAUGGUCGUCUGAUAUCGCAGUUAUAUGUCGAUGGCUCUCGCUUCAUUGACAAGGACUUGAAUAUCUUGAUCGGCACAUUGAAGACCCAAACUGCUAGUAUGCAUUUAAAACCUGUUGACUUAAUUUUUUCGGAUGCUCACCAUCCCGAAAUUUGCGAGAGAUUGCGUCAACAAUUACAGAUAGAAAAACCAACAAUUUAUUUGCAUGGCGAUGAAAACACAAAUGAUUUAGCAGAGUAUCAACAAUUAGGACCAGAAGAUAAAAUACGGGCUUACAAUAAUGUAGUAUUGGGAGGCACUUUCGAUCGCAUUCAUUUGGGUCAUAAAAUUUUCUUAUCGCAAGCAGUAAUACGAGCUUGCUCUAGAUUGGUUGUUGGCGUAACGACAUCCAAGUUGACGAGAAGUAAAACACUACACGAGCUUAUUUUACCAGUAGAACAACGUAUAGAGAAUGUUCGUUUGUUUCUCAAUGAAAUUGAUUCCACACUGCAUUAUGAAGUGGUUCCAAUUGACGAUCCAUUUGGUCCCACAAAAAGUGAUCCAAACAUGGACAUGAUCGUUGUGAGCGCUGAGACUUUGAAGGGCGGAGAAAAGGUUAAUGAAUUGAGACGACAGAAUAAUUUGAAACCCUUGGAUAUAUUCUGCAUAGAUCUAGUGGAUGCUUCGGACAGCAGUGGGCCGAAGGAAAGCAAAGUAAGCUCUAGUAAUACGCGUAUUGAUUUAUUGGGAAGUCGUCUUAGGAAACCAGAGCCAAGGCCGUACCUAACUUCAGAACCCUACAUUAUUGGUUUAACAGGUGGUAUAGCUUCAGGAAAAAGUAAAAUGGCUCAGCGUUUGCGGGGUAUGGGAGCUUUUGUGAUAGACUGUGAUAAAGUAGCUCAUGAGAUUUACGAACCCGGCCAAGUAUGCUACAAUAAAGUUGUGGAAGAAUUCGGAGAUAGAAUUUUGGAUGAUUGCAAACGCAUAGACAGGACAAAAUUAGGACCAAUCGUAUUUGCUGACCCACAAAAACUGGAGAAAUUGAAUGGUAUAGUCUGGCCAGAACUCAUGGUAGAGGUGAAACGUAGAAUACGUGCUUUAGUCGAAAAGAAGGAAUUCCCAAAAGUGGUUGUUUUGGAAGCUGCUGUGUUAAUUAAAGCUGGAUGGGAAAGAGAAGUACACGAAGUGUGGUCUAUGAUUAUUUCGCCAGAAGAAGCGGUUCGACGUGUCGUUGAACGCAAUAAUAUUUCAGAAGAAGACGCAAAACGCCGGCUGGCCAGUCAGCCAAGUAAUAGUGAAAUUGUUGCAAAAUCUCACGUCGUAUUUAGUUCGCAGUGGGAUACCAAUUUUACGCUAACACAAGCUGAGAAAGCUUGGCAAAUGUUAAUGGGGGAAAUAAAGUCUUCGAGAGAAACAAGUAGCAAUUUAUAAGGAAAGUAACACUUAUAUAAACCUUUUAUUUCUUUAGAGCCUGUAUCUCUAGACCAUUCUUUUAGUAUUUAAACGUUGCCUCUUUUUCAUUGUUAAAUAAUUUUAAAUUGUAGACAUAUUAACGUGCAUAUCAA